UGUGAAUGGUCCGGCAGUCUUCUGGGACCUGUUAUGUCUGCAGUCUCUGGUCAUCUCCUCUAGUAUGUUCACAGUCUCUGGUCAUCUCCUGUAGUAUGUCUGCAGUCUCUGGUCAUCUCCUGUAGUAUGUCUGCAGUCUCUGGUCAUCUCCUGUAGUAUGUCUGCAGUCUCUGGUCAUCUCCUGUACUGUGUCAGCAGUCUCUGGUCAUCUCCUGUAGUAUGUCCGCAGUCUCUGGUCAUCUCUUGUACUAUGUCUGCAGUCUCUGGUCAUCUCCUGUACUAUGUCCGCAGUCUCUGGUCAUCUCCUGUACUAUGUCCGCAGUCUCUGGUCAUCUCCUGUAGUAUGUCACUGGGCUGUGAAAGUGUCACAGACACUCGGCUCAGCUGCAGCCACUGGUCCCUAAAUUUAUAGGCUGAUUCUACUAUCCAU